AUGCGUGCCUCAUUAACCUCUCUUCUUGCCCUCGCCAUCGUCGUCGGUCUCACUGCCGCUGCCCCCGCUGAGGAAGCGAAACUGCAGCGUCGCUUCACAGACCAGCGUAUGACCUACUAUUACCCCGGCGUUGGCGCGUGCGGAUACACCAACACGGACACCCAAUAUGUUGUCGCUUUGAACCCUACGGAUUACGCCAACGGAGCAAACUGCAACAGGUCCCUCACUAUCACGUACCAGGGCAACUCUGCGAUUGCGACUGCCGUUGACUUGUGCCCAGGAUGCGCGGCAGAUGGGCUGGAUUUAUCUCCAAGCCUCUUCGAGGUCUUUGCUGACCUUAGUGUCGGUGUCAUCUACGCUGACUGGAGCUGGGACUAA